UAAUCCGGUUUUGCUGAGUGUUUGUUUUCUUGUCUGGUGUAUGUUUUGAGAAACUUUUCUCACAUUUUAUUCAAACCGCUGCUGCACUGUAACCGAUCAUUUCUCGAGCCGCUGUUUGCUGCUUUGUGCCGGUGCUGCUCUCUGUUCUGAUAAUCAGCAUGGGAAUCUACGUGGCUGUGGGCUGCAUCGUGUCAUACGUCCUCCUGGAUGUUGUCACCACCACUGUCCUGUACGCACAUGAAUCACAGCUGAGCACCUUCACAGAGGAUGCUCUCAACUUUAACAUCCUUCAGUCUGCACUGGACAUCUGGGGGACAGUGCUGCUCCGAGCCUCCCUCCUGCUGGGAGCCUCUUUAGGGGUGACAUGGAACAAGGUGGACGGCCCGCAGAGGGUUGCUAAAUCCACCAGCCUUAUUCUCCUCAUCUGUCUGAUCGUCAUCACCUAUACACUGGCCAAGCUGCUGAUGCUGACUGAGGUGAGGACUUUGAGCAUCAGUCACCAGCCCUGGCUCUUGAGCCUGAUAUGUUGGACUUGUGCCUCUUCUCUGGGAGUAAUGCUGCUCUGGAGGUGGCUGGGGAAGGAGCCGGAGUCUGAGAGCAGCAGUAGUGGUAGAGGAACAAGGGGCCGUGAGGACACUGAAAAGCUGGUGGAGACAGUUGGCGAGGAGGAGCAGGAGUUGGGCUCUGAGAGAAAGAAGGAGAAGGACAGCAGCUCAGGGGCCACACUGGGACGCCUGCUGAGCUACUGCAAAAAGGAUGCUGAGCUGCUCUCUGUUGCUGUCCUCUUCCUCAUCAUCUCUGCUGUGUGUGAGGCUUUCAUACCGUACUACUAUGGGAAAGCCAUAGACAGUAUUGUGGUUCACCAAAGCAUGGAGUACUUUGCCAAACCUGUGAUCAUACUUGCAGCACUGGCCUUAGCCAGUUCACUUGCAAUCGGAGUACGAGGAGGUGUCUUCACCCUGACGUUUGCGAGAUUAAACCUUCGUCUCAGGAACCAUCUUUUCCGAACCUUGAUGAGGCAGGAAAUUGCCUUUUUUGAUGAAAAUCACACAGGUGACAUCCUUUCACGUCUGUCUGCUGACACCACCCAGGUGAGCGACCUCAUCUCCCAGAACGUCAAUAUCUUCCUGCGGAGUGUCAUUAAGAGCGUUGGCUUCUUCAUCUUCAUGUUUGGCAUGUCCUGGAAGCUCACACUGGUGACCAUCAUGGGAUUCCCUUUCAUCGGUCUAGUCUCAAAACUUUAUGGUGAAUACUACAAGGUGGCUCUUGUAGGUCAAGAGCCUGUGCUGUUUGCCCGCACAGUUGAAGAGAACAUUACCUAUGGCCUGACUGAUGUCCCCAGGGAGGCAGUGCUGCAGGCAGCCACCAAGGCUAAUGCUCAUGAUUUUAUUACCACUCUCCCUAAAGGCUAUGAAACAAGUGUUGGCGAGAAGGGCACACAGUUGUCAGGGGGACAGAAACAAAGAGUUGCCAUUGCAAGAGCUCUCAUCCGCAACCCUCGUGUUCUUGUCCUGGAUGAGGCCACUAGCGCUCUGGAUGCAGAAAGUGAACACAUUGUUCAACAGGCUCUGAACAAUGUCCUGCGGGACCACACCGUGUUGGUGAUCGCCCAUCGGCUCAGCACAGUGGAGAAGGCAGACAACAUUCUUGUAAUUGACAGGGGCCACGUGGCAGAACAGGGAUCUCACAGUGAGCUGAUGGCCAGCGGCGGACUCUACUCUAAGCUGGUUCAGAGGCAGGUCCUGGGCAUCGAGACUGGGGAGGAGGACCUACACUCGCCACAAAACGCCAGCUGGAAGUCAGGUGGAGGACAGCAGUGGAGAGGACGAAGCAGCAGCAGCAGCCUGAGCGAGUCUGAGUGUAGUGUGCGUUACUGAGAACGACCUGCAGUGUGUAGAUGUGACACUGGACUGUAAUUAAGUUAAAAAUACUUAAAUCUGCAUUUGGGUUUGUAAUCUGUUGGACAAAGACACAAGUUUUGUAGUGUUUCACCUGCACACUACCACAGUGGAUUUUAAAUUCAUCAAUAUGAGACUGAUAUGCAGACUUUUAGCUUUAAUUCAGGGGGUUUCAUUGGCAAAACUUUGCCAUUAACAGAUUAGCUGUUGCAUUAUGGGCAUUGUUUUAAUGCAAUUGUUUUUAAAAGAAAGAAAGAAUUCUGUCAUCAUGCACUUUAAUUGUUUUGCUGUCUCUCUGAUAGGUUAGUUCAGGUUUUGCAGCCUAAUGAUGGCCUCCCUCACUUGCACUGACCUCUCUUUGGGUUCAUAUUUAAAAUUACAGUGAAAAGCUAUAAAAUACACAUUCAACACUUUAUAUCAAUUUCAGAUAUUACAUUGGUAAUGAAAUAGCAAGGGAACGGGCCUCAGCUGGCCAUGAAAGUGCUUGUACAGCUACAGGGACAAAAAACGACAAAAAUUGUAUGUCUCCAACAAAUUAUUGAGCUAUC